AAUAAAAACCAGAGAGGAAAAAAGAAAAAAGAAAAAUAAAAAGAAACGUAUAGAAAGAAAAAGCUUCUCCGAAAAAUUAGCUAACAAAGAAGAGAGAUUCAUCUCUGUUUUUCCUCUUCGUGGCUGUGGAUUUUCGGAUCCUCUCUUCACUUGCUUUCUCUUUCCAACACUUUUGGUUGAUUGCAGGGGAUUUUUUAUGGUGGUUCUUGUCGAUAACGUUGCGAUUUCGCUAUAAAACUCUGCUUCUCUCUGUCGCUUUUUCUCCCAAGAUGGUGUCUUGUUCAAUAAUUUAGUUUGGGUCUGGUAGUCGAGGUUCGAGUUCAGCUUUGAAUCUUUUGUUAAAUAGGUUUCUUUAGUGAAAUUGGGUUUAUCCUUUGUGGAACUCGUUUGUGACCCUUAAAGGGUCUGUGCCAUCAAAGUCAAUUCAAGCAAGCUAGUUUGAGAUUGUAAAAUGGUUGAAUCAAUUGCUGCAACUUCACUCCUUGGCCACCGUCCUGUAUGUGGAGGGAAUUUAAUCAGGGAUGGAUCGGGUAAACGCAAGUCUUUGAAUACUUUUAGGUUCCCAGCAAAUGAGUUUCUUGGUGGAAGGAAUGUUGUUUCUCUUCCUUUGCCUAAAUACAAACAAGAUAGCUUCCUAUCAUCAUCAGUUAAGGCCCAGGCUGUGGAGCUCACAAGAGAAGCUUAUUCGUACAGGGAAGACAAGUUGCCCAAGAAAGAUAAUAACAAGAUUGAUAGUGGCUUUGAUCCAAGACCUGGGUUGUGGCCUCCGGUUAAUAGAGCAGAUAACCCUUCGCUUAGGAAUCCCUUGCUUCGACAAGAGAGGAUGGGAUGUGGCUGGUUGGGUGCUAUAUUUGAGUGGGAAGGGGUUCUCAUUGAAAACAACCCUGAUCUAGAGAAGCAAGCUUGGCUUGCCCUCUCUCAAGAAGAUGGCAAAUCCUCUCCUCCUGCUUUCAUCCUUAAGAGAAUAGAAGGCAUGAAGAAUGAACAGGCAAUAUCUGAAGUGUUGUGUUGGUCCAGGGACCCAGCACAGAUAAGAAGAAUGGCUAAUAGAAAGGAAGAAAUCUACCAAGCUUUGCAGGGCGGAAAAUAUAGUCUCAUGCCUGGGUCUAAAGAGUUUGUGAGUGUUUUGAUGCAUUAUAAGAUACCAAUGGCAUUGGUUUCCACGCGACCUAGAAAAAAUCUUGAGUCUGUUAUUGGAGAAUUUGGUAUUGAAGACAACUUCAGUGUUAUUGUAGCAGCAGAGGAUGUUCACAGGGGAAAGCCUGAUCCAGAAAUGUUUGUGUAUGCAGCUCAGCUUUUAAAUUUCAUACCCGAGAGGUGCAUUGUGUUUGGAAACUCAAAUCAAACAGUGGAGGCUGCACAUGAUGCACGUAUGAAGUGUGUGGCUGUUGCUAGCAAGCAUCCUGUCUACGAGCUUGGGGCUGCAGACUUAGUUGUCAGGCGCCUAGACGAGCUUUCGGUGGUUGAUUUGAAGAAUCUGGCUGACAUUGAUUCGGCUGAAUUUAGGUCUGACGAGCCUGAGGUGGAGCCAGAGAUGGAAAUAGAUUAUGACACAUCAUCUGUUGAUGACAGUUUCUGGUAAAUUCUCCAAAUGUACAGUAGAUUGAACUUCAUCUGAUUCUUGAUGAUAUUAGUUACAAAUUAGUUACUUGUGUAUAUGAAAAACAGAAUAAUUGGGAAAAAAAAUGAUAGGCAGUCUGCACUGAAGAAAGAUGUUACUACUAUUACUGUAUUUUCUGUACUAUAUACAUGCACGGUAUUUUCAGAUUUGAUUUGCUUUUGUUUCUAUCCAUGAGAUGAAAUACAAAUUA